AUGUGUACUACUAUACCAAAUACUUACGGGGGUCCUGUAGUUGGUCCCUAUGGCCGUUGGUCUCUUUUUGUUAGUGACUUAGAGACACCAGCAGCAGCAGGAGGAGGAGGAGCAGCAGCAGGAGGAGAAGGAGACAGGGAGGAGGAGACAGGAGUAGGUGUCCCCUCUUCCUCUUCUUCUUCUUCUUCUUUUUUUGGUUCCUCUUUCUUCUCUGCAGCAAGGAGACAGGUGUCUCCUUCUAUACAAAAAAAAGAAAAAAAAAAAUCUUUAUUAGAUAUAGUUAAAGAAUUAGAAGAAGAGCAGCAGCAGCAGCAGCAGCAGCAGCAGCAGCAGCAGCAGCAGCAAAAGGAGACAAUUUUAUUAAAAAAGCAGCAAAAGGAGUCGUAUAACCGCUACAACAGCAUGACGAGCGCCCAUCAGCAGCAGCAGCAGGAGCAGCAGGAGCAGCAGCAGCAGCAGCAGCAGGAGGAGGAGGAGGAAGAGGAGUACGGAGAAGGACCUAUAGAGCCAUCAAUGUGUGUAGCAGAAGGAAAAGGACUAAAAGAAGGGACAGCAGGGGAAUGGAUAAAUUUUAUAAUAAAAACAAACAAUAAAAAAGGAGAGACAGUUAUGCAUGCAGAUGGAUAUGUUAGGUUAUCUAUAGAGGCAAUAGGUGCACAUAGAUUUACUGUAUCUAAUUGCAUGCAAGAAGGGACAUAUACCACUAGCAGCAGCAACAGCAGCAGCAGCAGCAGCAACAGCAGCAGCAGUUGUAGUAACAGCAGCAGCAAAAAAAACGGCGAAGAUAGUGAGGAGGAGGGGGAGGAACAACAACAACUGCAGCAGCAGCAGCAGCAACUGCAGCAGCAAGAAGGAGAGGGACUGCAGCAAAUACUGCAGCAACAAAUUAUACAGCAGCAACAUAAACAUAAACAAACUUAUAAACAUCUUGUUAAUCAUUUCCGUAUCUUUAUUUGUGAUUCUAAUGGUAAUCGUGUACAUACAGGUGGUCAUUGUAUAGGAGUAAAGGGUUUACGUGGGUUUACGUCUAUUGCACAACUUCUUUCCUUCCAACAACAACAAGCUAAUACUGCUCUUAUACAACAAUGCAAAGGUUUGUUGUUUGGGAGGUUGGAAGUGUAUUGUAGCGGGGCAUCAGUAAAAUUAUUUAAUGAUUGUUUACGACGAGGACUUCAUGAUAAUGCUGCAGAUAUUCUUGCAUCUAUUCAGCGUUCUUCUUUCUCUCAUGGCCUGCGGAAGGAGGCAGAGGAAGCACUUCUUCGUCUUUGCUGCAGCAGCAACUCGCCACGUAAGACAUUAGAGCAGCAGCUGCAGCAGCAAGAGGAGGAAGCAGAAAGGGAGCAGCAGCAGCUGCUGCUGCAGCAGCAGCAGCUGCUGCUUGUGUCUCCACAAGAAAAAAGAAAAAAAGAAAAAAAGAAAAUAAGAGAGUUGCAAAGACAAUGGGAAGAAAUACAACUCGUCAGGGAGUCGCUGGCGAAGUUAUGUGGACACUCAAGAAGAAAACAAGAAAUAAUGAUGAAUUUAACAGAUAAAAUGCUACAUGGUCUUGGAGGAUUUAGCUAA